AUGGGAGACAUUUCUAGCUUCCUCUCCGAAGAAAAGUCGUUAUUCGACGUUGAACAUGUCUUGAAGGAGUUGACCACGAAUGAAAAGAUUGAUCUUCUCGCAGGUGUCGACUUCUGGCACACCAAGGCAAUCCCUCGACUUAAUGUUCCCUCGAUCCGAAUGUCAGAUGGCCCCAAUGGGGUCCGAGGUACUAGAUUUUUCAAUGGCGUGCCCGCAGCUUGCUUCCCAUGUGGCACCGGCCUCGCAGCGACUUGGAAUACAGACCUUCUUCGAGAAGCCGGUCACCUAAUGGGUACAGAGGCAAGGGCAAAAGGAGCCCACGUGCUUCUAGGUCCCACGGUCAAUAUGCAGCGAAGCCCCCUUGGAGGGCGAGCUUUCGAGUCCUUCUCCGAGGACCCUGUUCUGUCCGGGAACUGCGCGUCAGCCAUCAUAAGCGGCAUUCAGAGCACUGGGGUUGUGGCAUCAAUUAAGCAUUUUGUGGCCAACGACCAAGAGCAUGAGCGCAUGGCUGUUGACUCGCUUGUCACGGAACGGGCUCUGCGAGAGAUCUAUACCCUCCCCUUUCAGAUCGCCGUCAGGGACUCGAAUCCCGGGUCGUUCAUGACAUCUUAUAACAAGGUCAAUGGAGUACACGUGAGUGAGAACAGGGACAUGAUCGAGAAGAUUGUCCGGAAAGAAUGGGGAUGGCAAGGUCUGGUGACAAGUGAUUGGUACGGGACAUACUCAACAGUCGAAUCACUCGAGGCCGGACUAGACAUCGAAAUGCCAGGCCCGACCCGUUGGCGCGGACAGAUGCUACUCCACGCACUUAUGUCAAGAAAGAUUGACAUCGAGGCCAUCAACGAGCGAGUUAGGGAGAUACUGAAGCUUGUUCGCCGAGCCGUGCAGACAGGCAUUCCUGAGAAUGCCCCUGAGCAGGGUCGAGAUACGCCAGAAACGGCGUCGCUGUUGAGAACGAUCGCGAGUGAAGCCGUCGUCCUUCUGAAGAACGAGAAUAACGCACUUCCUUUCAAGAAGGAUGAGAAGGUCGUUGUCAUUGGCCCUAAUGCCAAGACAGCUGUCUACUGUGGUGGCGGAUCUGCUACUCUACGCCCCUACUACGCCAUCUCACCAUUCGAGGGAGUUUCCAAAAAGACCGACAAUCUGUCAUACUCGGUCGGUUGUUACGCCCACAAGAUGUUGCCACUUCUAGGGUCACGACUUCGAACCAAAGAUGGCCAACCGGGCGUCACUUUUACAGCCUUUACUUCCCCCGACACGGUCAAGGACCGAGUUGCCGUUGAUACCAUCCAUCUGGAUACCACAGACAUGUACUUUGCCGAUUAUUAUCACCCUGAAAUUACCGAGAACCUCUGGUGGGGAGAGAUCGAAGCUGUUUUCGAGGCUGACGAGACUGGCGACUUCGAGUUUGGGCUCACUGUGUUUGGAACGGCUAGGCUCUACGUCGACGAUGAGCUUGUCGUCGAUAACGAGACCACUCAACGUCCCGGAGGAACCUUUUUCAAUGUUGGCACUGUUGAGGAGACUGGAGUGAGACGUCUGACGGCUGGCCAGACAUACAAGAUCAGAGUUGUUUUUGCUAGCGGUGCGGCGUCAAAACUUGGUGAUGCCGAGGGUGUCGUCUCAUAUGGAAGCGGUGGCCUAAGAAUCGGAGGGGCCAGAGUUAUCGACCCAGAAGACGAGAUUGCCAAGGCCGUGGAGCUAGCCAAGACGGCGGACCAGGUUGUCUUGUUUGUUGGCCUCAACUCUGACUUUGAGCAAGAAGGCCAUGACCGUCCUCACAUGGACCUCCCCGGACGCACUGAUGAGCUUGUGUCGGCAGUUGCAGCGGCCAAUCCGAAGACAGUCGUGGUCGUUCAGUCCGGAUCACCCGUUACCAUGCCUUGGGCUAACUCGGUCGCUGCGGUGAUACAAGCCUGGUACGGCGGUAAUGAGACUGGCAAUGCUAUUGCGGAUGUCCUGUUUGGCGACGUCAACCCCUCAGGAAAGCUGCCACUAUCCUUCCCUAUCCGUGUUGAGGAUAACCCAGCUUUCUUCAACUAUCGCUCGGAGCACGGCCGGGUUCUCUACGGAGAGGAUGUUUACGUUGGGUACCGAUUCUACGAGACAAUCAAGCGACCUACUCUGUGGUCAUUUGGUUCUGGAUUGUCAUACACUACUUUCGACCUGUUGGACCUUUCCAUUCAGCAAGAGCAAAGGAAUGGGCGUGAGCUUCUACUUAUUGACGUUGGUAUAAAGAACACUGGCUCAGUCGACGGCGCCCAAGUAGUCCAGGUAUACGUUACCGCCCGGUCCUCGUCGAUCAAGCGUCCAGUGAAGGAGCUCAAGGGAUUCUCAAAGGUCUUUGUCAAAGCUGGUGAAACAGUAAUUACCAAGAUCUCUAUCGAGAGAAAGUAUGCCACGAGUAUCUGGGACGAGACCAGGCAUAAAUGGGUGGAGGAGGCGGGGACAUAUGAUGUCUUGGUGGGAGAUUCCAGCUCCAACAUUCAGCUCAAGGGUCAAUUCGAGGUUUCGGAUACAACCUGGUGGUCUGGCCUGUAA